AUGGUGCUGCGACUAUUCGUCCCGCCCGGGGAAGGCCAACACGGGCUUGUUCCAAAACGACCAGAAGGCAUUGGCGCAAAUGCAACGCCCCAGACUUGUCUUGUUUCUUCGACGCUGCUGGCCGCAGUGUAUACUUCGUUUGCCUCGACAUUCAACCAGCGAGUAGCAGCAGUCGGCGUAGCGCCUCAACAAGCAGCACACACAUCUAGGCCCGCCCUGUUUGUACGGUCGUCGGCCAGACUGGGCCUCUGCGUCGGACUAGCCGGAGCCGCCGUAAACUGGUACUACUACUCGGCUUUUGCAAAUGUGGUUGUUGCCGACAAGGUGCAAGAGACUAGCAGGUGGAGACUAUAUCAGUGGACCAAGGGGUACACGGUCGACGAUGGCGCUUUGGCCGGUGCCGCUAUCGGUCUAUCGGCCUCGAUACCUAUGCUCCUGAUGCGCCGCCCGGCUACUCUACCGCGCUGGACGCGGUGCCUGGGCAUGGCAAAUAUCGGCGGCUGUACGGGCGUCGUGGGAUCGCAUGCGUACCUUCAGUAUACGGGGGAGCGGCAAAAGGCGUACAGACUACUUGAAGCACGACGGAAGCGCAGGUCGCUCGAGUUUUGGGCCAUCUUUUGGGACAAGGAACUUAUGGCUAAAUUGAGUCCGAUAAUGCAGCAGUACGUUCGGCACAAUGGCGUCUGGUAUACCCAGCUCUUGCCGGAUAAUGCUUUUGAACAAACAGAAGACGAGGUCGAGUCUGUCGAGACCACUGCUGCUGCUCAGACAACACAGCAAGUCGCAAACCCAGAACCUGUAGCACAAACCCCAGACCCCCCUUUCUACCUCGAACCCGUAGACUACACAGCCGACCUCGCCCAAAUCAACGUCGAAUCCACUCUUGCUAGAAUCCAAGAAAUGCAAGUAGAACGCCAAAUCCUCCUAGAAGAAGCACACUACCUGCUCUCUCUAAACGCCCACCAACGCUACGAAUACUGCCACUUGCACAAAACCUUAGAUGCAGACGACCGUCUCAGACGGCUUCAGGAAAUCCAUCUCGUAGAUGUCGCUCAUACCCGCCUGCGCAACGCGGCGGAUGCACUGGAUAUGAAAAUUAUACACUGGCAUAUGUCGCUUCAGCACAAGGCCGCUUGGGAAAAUUCACUCUCUUCUCCUUCCUCUUCCUCCUCUUCUUCUUCGUCGUCUCUCUCUACUUCCGAGGCAGAAAACUGGCUCCCUUCCUCCCACCUAAUCAACUACGCAACCCACAGGCCCAGUUUCUCCAUCUUGGAAAUCGAGAAAAUGGCUCGCCAGAUCGAUGCGCAGGUGCAGCGGUUCGAAGAGGGGAGUCUGGACCAGAGGUUUCCCCGCGAGAAGCGAGAGAGGUGGCGUAAAGAUGCAGAGGAUGGAAGAGUGCUGUUGCGGGCAGCGGAUCAUAUACUGUUUCGUAUGGAGAAGGCGAGUAGUAGGGGUCUUGAUGAUGGCGGUGAGGGGGGGUUGCUGCAGCAGAGUGGACGUGAAGAAGUCAUGGUAGCAACCGCAGCAGCAGCACAAGACGACGCUACUUCAUCUGAGGGACUUCACCCUGCAAAUGAUCCUCCCUCUUCAACCGAUGAUGGCUCAGCCGCUGACGAAAUGCGCCUGAGAAAAGAUGUGGAACAGUCUCGAGCGGAUGCCAAAAAAGCCGCCAAGCCGCGGCGAGAUGGUCUGGGGCAGAACAACCCAUGA